AUGGCCAUGAAGCAGCUGCUUGGUCUGGCAUAUGUUCGGCUUGCAUUUGAUAUUGGAUCAUAUCGCAUCUUGCAGUCCCGGGAUCCGGUCCAGAUCGCACACAGACUUCUCCAAGUACCGCGUCUCCCGGCCGGACCUCAUCUGCUUCCUGCCAUACUACAUGUGACACACGCGCUGAGCAUUCCCGUCAAGCUGGGGGUUGAAUUUGUGGCUCGCAGCCAUGCUUUUGUUUGGAGUAUCCAGUAUUCGCUGUGGGACUGUCAAACUCGGCGACCGCUUGAUGACCACGAAUCUCGCUUGAUCGGUGGGAUCACCGAUAACGUCGAAGAGGGACGCAAUUCCAGUGACGAGGAUUUGUUUCCUGGUCCCGUAUCGCCUUCUGACUGUGCCUACUUGGCCUUUGCUGCUGUCAAGCUGUGGGCCCGGCUCAUCAAGGGCAAUGAACAAUGGGUGAUGCUGAGGAUGAUUGGGGAGAGUCGUGAUAUCUAUGCCGACUUGUGUCGGGACCGGCAUAUCUCCCAACUGGAAGAUGCAUCAUACCUGUGCUUUGCAUAG